CGUCGCUCGCGGCAGCGGCGGCGCCGAUGCUGCCGGAAGUGACGCCGGAGGGAGCCCGAGCCGAGGCGAGCCAGCGGCCUCCCCUCCUUGCGGUGACAUUUUCCCCUCGGGCUCCCUCUUUCCCUCUCUCUUGCCGGGUCGAGGAGGUGGUGGCGGAGCUGGUGGCGGAGAAGGGAGGAGACCCGGCCCGCCUCGGCCCCUCAUGCCCGAGCUGGUGCCCUCCGCGGGGCCUGAGGCCGGCAGGAGCCGCGGUGGCGACGGUGGCCCUGGUUGCUUUCCUGGUGAAGCCCUAGACUAAUUCAUGUUAUCUGCUAGACUCUAUGCUUUGAGAAUAGGAGAAACGAAACUCUGAAAUGAAGAUGGAGGCAGCAGACAAAGUAGAAGAACUCAUUGACCCAGAAGUCCCACCAAAACUCUCAGAAAAACAAGAGGUAGCUCUGGGUGAAGAGGGAUCUAUAGAACUCGAAAUGCAUGCUCCAAAGGAGAGCGGAGCUGUUGUAGAGGAUUCAACAGUGCUUGCCUCAAUGCCAUGCUUGCUGAUGGAACUGAGACGGGACUCAUCAGAAUCUCAGCUGGCAUCAACAGAGAGCGACAAGCCAACAACUGGCCGUGUUUAUGAGAGUGACUCUUCCAACCAUUGCAUGCUCUCCCCUUCUUCCAGUGGGCACUUGGCAGAUUCAGACACUCUGUCUUCCGCAGAAGAGCAUGAGCCCAACCAAGCUGAAGCAACUGUAGAGGGAGACCCAUCUGCAGUGUCGGGGUCUACAGUUGGCAGGAAAUCCAGGCGGUCUAGGUCAGAAAGUGAAACUUCAACAAUGGCUGCAAAGAAAAACCGACAGUCUAGUGAUAAGCAGAAUGGCCGCGUUGCUAAGGUCAAAGGUCAUCGGAGCCAAAAGCACAAAGAGAGAAUUCGGUUACUGAGGCAGAAACGGGAGGCAGCUGCCCGCAAGAAAUACAACCUGCUGCAGGACAGCAGUACCAGUGAUAGUGACCUGACCUGUGACUCAAGCACGAGUUCAUCAGAUGAUGAUGAAGAAGUUUCAGGGAGCAGCAAGACAAUCACGGCAGAGAUACCAGCUGGCUUCAGUCGUGCUGGGGGAUCUGGAGGAGCGACCAGGGAAAUUCCAGGAUUGCUUGACAGGGGCACCGUAUGGGAUAGGAACUGCAUAGGCAGUGUCCUGGAAGAGGCCAUGAACUGCUUUGCCGAGAUGCAGAGGCAGACAGAGGAGAAGUUCCGCAUGUGGAUAGAAAAGCUAACCCGUCUUGACACAGAUGAAGAAAGCAAGCAGCAGCUGGAGCCCAGGGAACCAAAAGUACCUCUAGCUGGCCAAAGAAUCCCCCCAGCGACUCAGGCAGGAGUUUUUUUGCAGGUGCCUGAUAGCCAAGUACUUCCGCAGCAGUCCUUUAAUUCUUACGUGAGCUAUCAAAAUAUUGAUACAGCCUUAGAGUUUCCAGCGACUUUUAAUAACAAUUUUCCAGCUAUCUUCCCUGAAAAUGGGAAUAUUGCAGAACCCAGUUUGAAUCAAUCACAAACUUAAUGAGGUUCUCAAACCUUUGCUGUUGACCUGGAUUGUGCUGCUAAUGCUCUCAGUUGUUCGUAUAACUUUUUGGUUCCUUGAUUAGGUUUUUUGUUUUUUUUUUACAACCAGAGUUUCAGGUUUAAAAAGAGAAAGAAAGAAAAUAGAGAUGUACUUGGGUCACCAUUACAAUGCUUCCUCCUCAGCUUCCCGUCACCAAAGCUUGACAAAAUACAAUUUAGGAAUCCUUUUUUGUGUGUCUUAUUGUAGGAGCAGUUGAUGUAUUCCUCUGUGUGUUCCUUUUGCAUGUCAAAAGUGUUUGUGGCAAUACACAUUUGGAAUUGAGAUAAUUCUUAUGUACCCAGUCAGUAUGACCUAUGAAUAUUUCUUAAACAAAUGCAAAUAUCUAAAUUGUGUAGUUUAAACAAGAUUACAUAUUGCUUGUGUAUUUUUGUUUCUUCUCCAGUCCUGUUUGGCUGAAACUGGCCAGUCUGUAAACUGGAUAGGUUUGAUAAGUCCGUGUUCAUAUCCCAUUUUAGCAGUUCAUUUCCUUCCAGAUGUUUUUUGUAAUAUGUAUUCUUGCAGGAAGCAUCCAUGUGCUUUAAGUAAAAAUGCAUCUCUCUGAAGGGCCCUGAAAUUUGAGAUGUCACUAGAAGCAAUAGAUCUGUCCAAGGUUACACUGAAUCUAGAAAAUUGAAUAUUUUCAAUAAGUGGUUAAGUGAGGAAGCUUUUACAGUACACAUACACUUUCUUUAAAGACUUGUGCCACCUAUCCAAGCAGCCAGAAUACUAGUAAAUGGUUUGUGUGUUCUCUACAUUAUUAAAUUGUAUUUCUGUGGAACAGUUACACUCCAGAGUCUGUUCUGAAAUAAUAAGAAUUGACUUGGUGAGCUUGAAUUUUCGUCCACAAAAUAAUUAGCCACAAUUCAAAGAGCCCCUUCAGGCAGCAUGUGCAAUGGCUUGCACAUGAGCAUCAGGGCUUUGGGCCUAGUUUAUCCCCAUCACUCUAAAGGGCAAAUUGCUUUUGAAACUCCUGUUAGCAUCAUCAUUCAUGUUGCUCCGGGGCUAGACUACUGCAGUGUCCUGUAUGUAGGGCUGCCCUUGAGAACGGAAAGCUUUGGAUGGUGCUGAAUGCUGCAGCCUCCCUUCUGCUGGGGGUGGCUCACUGGGAGCUUGUGGUACUAGUGCUUGAGUGUCUCCACUGGAUCCCCAUGGCUCAUCAUGGCCAGGCAUAGGGUAGAAUUAGCAUAUCGGUAUUUCCCCAAAUGCUUGGGAUGGCACAGGCUACAAGUCCCAUAAGAUAAAGCAAAUGCAACAUUUAGGAGUGCAAUAUAUACUGAAAGCUGCUGCGGUGACACCAGCAGCAUGGCUCUCUGGUUUGCAGCCAUUCUUUGUCCUGUUAAAGUAUUUUCUAAGCCAUCUUCUGUGAGGUCAUUGAACUAUAUUCCUCUCUGGAAUAAGCUGGAAUAACCAGUUUAUUAACCUCUCUGGCAUAACUAGAGAGGUUAAUGAACUAACCUCUCUGGUUGAGAAUAUUCAAGUAUUGGUCCACCUGUGAUUAUUUGCAGGUUUGACUUAAACUUCACACCUGGAAAAUAGCUCUCAGUGAGGGAUCAUGCUGGCAACACUGGUUGUUAGAUUAGCUUUGCUCCCAUUACAAUAGUGGGAUGUUUUCACUAAUAUGAUUAGAAUAUCUUCAAUUCCUUUUCCAUUUGGGCUUUCCAAUAAAAAUAAUUUGUCUUACAAAUGUUCAUGUAGCUCGGCAACAUUGCUUGCAUUGUGUUAAAGGGAGAAAUAAAUAUUGCUGAGCAUCUAAUUAGAAGGAAUUUGAGCAAAAGAGUGAGUAGCUAUUCCAGCCUCUUAACAGUAUUUACUCAGAAGUAGUCUGCAUGGAACUCAAUAGGACUUUCUAGUAAUUGUGCUUAGGAUUGCAGCUUGUUGCCAUUGCAGAUGUUGGCUGAGAUCCAAAGAACUAUGUUACUACUUCUGCUUACCCAAGGGAGUUUUGAGCUGGUGUUUGUCCAACAGCAACCUCCUAUGCCAUAUGGCAAACCACUUUGGAAACUGCCAGGUUGCCCAAAAGCAAUUUGUGUUGUCUCCUUUUGAAAGACACACAUUUUGAAAUCCCACUAGGUGCAGCUUAAGUAGUUCUUUGGAUCCCGGCCCUUUACUGCCAUCCCUGCCUAUCACAGUUGAAGCAAGAACAUCUCAUUUGUCUCAGAAAUAUCAUGUAUUUGCUCACUGGAGCUACCUUCUGCUCAUGUCAGAACUGAUUUUUAUGACAACAGAUGAUUCAUGAAUUGUCAAGAUAUGAUUGACUUUUAGGAAGUGAAGCUGCUUUUUUAAAAAACGUAUUUUCAGGGUAACUGUUUGAAAGGCUAUGCAGAAUGUAAUUUUAUGUAAAAAAACAAAAGUUGAAUUAUUCCUAAAACAAUUUUAGUGUUAAAUCUUUUCAUGUAUAACUUUUGAUAUGGGUAUGUUUGUGAAUUUGAUAUCUUCCUAACCUGAAAUCAUGUGUAUACUUAACUUGAUUGGUUUCAAACAGUCAGGGUAAUUCUAAUUAUCUUGCCAGGUCUUUUUUAUUUAUUUAUUUUGUUGCCUUGAAUAAAAUGAUAUGAAUUUGCCCUCAUUUACUUUUAAAGUUAGUAACUUCCCAGAAAUCAUUUUGUUAAAGAGUUAAUCUGUACCGCUUUCUAGAUAGAAAUGUAAACUCUUAGAAAUAUAUUCAGAACUGCAUGCUGAGUCUACAUAUCUUCCCAAGCAUGCAUUGGCUGCUUUUAUAUAAAGCAGUGUUGCCUCAAGCAUGCUCUGAAAUGUUUGGUUGUUUAGUUUGUUUUUAAUGGAUGAUACAGGUGUGUUAAGAAUCAGUCAGCUAAAACAGUAAACAUCUCAUUGUUUUGAAUAGAUUAUAAACUAAUUGUAGCUGGUUGAAAGUCUGUUUUUAGUGGUCCUCAUUUUUCUGACUUUGCUUGAUCUGGCCACGCUCUAGAAAAUGUUAAAAAUAAUAUUGAAACUGGAUGGAGUUUUACUGAAUAUCUUAAAAGGCUUCACAAUAAUAAUGAAUAAUGUUUAGGACUGUAUCUGUGCAUUACAUACACAAAGGGCAAUCAUGUUUGUUUGCCACAAAAUCCUAUAGUUUUUUCUACAGUGUUCCUGCAUUGCUGUCAGUUGCCAAGGUAGCCCUUCUUUAUAUUAAGACUCUGUAUUACUGUGCAGAGAUUCCACAUACAGAAACUGGUUGACCUCCUGACUCUGCUGUGUGCGUGCUUUGAACGCUGCUCAUGCCGCAGUUGCCCCUGUGCUAGUCUCUGUCUUUCAGAAGCACAGGUGCUCUUGGCGCAAGAACACUCUUGCCGAGUGACAUAUCUCCAUUCUAACCGAGCAUUUCUGGAGCAUGGAGGAAGCUCCGAAAGUCUUUGGGCUCUUGCGCCAAGAGCACUGUGCUUCGGAAGCACGGGUGGGGACUACCGCUGCAUGUACUCCCAAGUUAGAAGCAUGUAAUGAUAGGGUGUUGGCCACUGUCUUUUAGUGUGGUGACCAUUGUGAGACAAUGUAGAGGGGAUACUGGCUCCUUAACCAUGGUGGAGAGAUCAGGAGUCCGCUAUGAAUGUGGGCCAUGUUAACCGUUAAGGGAAAUGUCAGCACCAAUCUUAACAAGAUUGAACACCAACCACACACAAUUUUCUAAUGGUUGAGUGGGAACUCUUUAAUGUUGGUGCCACCAUUUCUCAUAACUGUGAUGGAGGCAGGAGGGGGAAAUUUACCCCUGAGAAGAGAGAGGUGGGAAUGGGAGAGUGCUUGUUCCCACAGCCGGCUUGUGAUUUUUUAACCAUGGUUAAAAGUGAACUUGAUUAUUGGUUGCAGUGCAUCUCUGAAAUCCAACCAGAGGGUUUCUAAGCUGCCACCCAAAGUGUGAUCUACGAAGCUGCUGUAGGUUGUGGGGUUUUGUUUCUGUUAUUUAAAAAAAUGUCUUACUUGGGUGUCCAUCUUUUUAUCUGUAAGUUUCUGUGAACAUUUACAAAAAUGAUGAUUAGUGGUGCAAUAAGUAAAAUAUGUCCUGGCAGUAUAUUGGAAAUAAAGGGACAACUUGUAAAUUUGGCAGCCACUUAACUUGUGAGAAGCCUUAUUUCUAGAUUAAUAUGUAAUGACUUAUAUCAUCUGUUUUCUAUCUGCCCUAAAACCUAUAUGUUUGAAGCUGACCCUGCACACAAGAGGGCUCUCGGGCUGAUUUCUGGAUGUUUACAUUCAGUAAAUAAUGGUAAAUCUGUAGGGUGGGAAAGAUAUGAGGUUAGCUCUGCUGGGACACUUUAACUUGUUCACCCACUCAGUCUUCCUUUGUGUUCACGAAGAUACCUUCUGCUGUUACUUUUGUGGGCACUGCUUCAGCAUAUAGCAGUCUGGUAAUAUAAGAAGACCCAGGCCCAAUGGGAGCAGCUUAUGAUGCAGCUCUUUCCGAUGGUAACUCACUGCUGCAGUGCUGGUAUGGAAAGGAGCCGAGCCACAGUAUGACCGAAUCCCAUGUGCCCUUUGUUUUUUAACGUUACCAGAAAAUCAUGUGCUGUUGCAUCUCCUAUACAACGAUGUUGCCCUCAGUUGCAAGUCAAGAAUAUGUCUGGGGAGCCACUCAGCACAGGCAUAAAAUUAGAUAGGAUCUUGUAAGUUAUGUAGUCCAACCCCCUUCAUGCAGGAAAUCCAUGUUAGCGCAUCUCCAGUAGUUGGCUGUCCAACCUCUGCUUGAAGCCCUCCAGCAAUAGUGUCCCCUGCCAAUGACUGGCUUAAUUCUUGGUCUGUUCCUACCAUUAAAAAGCUUCUACUAUUAACUGAAAUGCGUCUUCCUGUAACUUAAGCCCAUAAGAACCAGUCCUUCCCUCUGGAGCUUUCAACUCUCUGAAGGGUUCUUUCAUCCCCCAUCCCUCUUCUCUUCUCGAAGCUAAACAUACCCAAACAGGGCCUUUUUAAGACUCUGGGAAACACAGGCAGAGAAAUUUCAUGUGAAUCCCUCCCUCAUUUCUCUCUGGCUGACAUACUGCACAGCAUCAUGCACAUGAUGGAAUCUCAUUGCACAGUUGCAUAAAGGUGCUAUUGCACCACCAUAUAAAUUGCUCAGAUUGAGGUGUCGCAGUGCAGCCAUCAUAUAUAAUGGCUGCACUAUUGCACAACUCAAUUUGUGCGAUGUUUGCACUUCUACAACAGUGCUUUUCCACAACUAUGCAAAUGUUCCAUCACAUACAUAAUGUUGCACAGUAUGUAAAUGUAAUAAACGUAAAUACAGAAAUAACUCUUGAUGCUGGUGUUAUCUUUUAGCUGAUUAGUUUUAUUGCCUUGAGUGAAAAGAAUCCGUAAGAUCAUUUCAAAUACUGAACCAUAGUUGGGUGCUUUCUAUGGAUGGGUUCUUGGGCAGUUGCGCCCCCACCCCCCAUUUCUUAAGGUGGCUUCCCCCCACCACCCAACCCCAACCAUCUUCAUUGUACUCUGAGCCUUUUCCCAAUUUGUCCAUAUCAACAUGCUGUGCCCAGAACUGCUUGAAGUGCCAUGAAGCAAUUCUAUUAGCAAAAGUCAGUAUAGUUGUGUUAAAAGAACUUGCCCAGCUUCAGGUGGUUUUUUUGUUUGUUUUUUUGUUUUUUAUUUCAUUGAAUCAUGGAAUUUUAGAAUUGGGAGGGACCAUGAAGGCCUUCUACUCCAACCUCCCUGCUUCGUACAUUUUACAAACUAUCAUCCAUUUCUUAUUCUGUGGUGGAAUCUUCCCUCUUUUUUGGAGCCACUUUUUCUGUGCAGUGAUUGUCAUGAAUUUGCUAGGUUGUUUGUGGACAUGGUUUAGAGCUUCAUGAGACUAUACACUCUGCCAGUGUCUUUUUCAACCACAUGUUUUGUCACACACACUUUGCCCAAAGUCCAAACAUCCUCUUUUAAGAGCAAAUAACUGCUACAAGUCUGGUUUCAAUUUGAAGUUAGCGUGUUUGAGUUCCCCACUUGAAGCAAACCUAGUUCCAGCAAUAGAGGAGGAAAUGAUGGCAAGAGUUAAAGUGCUGGUGGUUAGUUGUCAGUUGGUAUUCAGCUCAGUUUAACAAGUGAAGCCCAAGAAACUGCUGAAUGGAAGAUAUCAAAACAACUGUCACAGAGAGUGCUCUACAUUAGGCGUGGUCACACUUGAGGCUUCUUGGAGCUCAGGAGUUCCCACCUGGGGCUUGAGAACUAGGAACAUAGGAAGCUGCAAUAUACUGAGUCAGACCAUUGGUCUAUCAAGCUCAGUAUUGUCUUCACAGACUGGCAGCAGUUUCUCCAAAGUUGCAGGCAGGAAUCUCUCUCAGCCCUAUCUUGGAGAUGCCAGGGAGGGAACUUGGAACCUUCUGAUGCUUUUCCCAGAGCGGCUCCAUCCCCUGAGGGGAAUCUCUUGCAGUGCUCACACUUCUAGUCUCCCAUUCACAUGCAACCAGGGCAGACCCUGCUUAGCUGAGGAGACAGGUCAUGCUUGCUGCCACAAGACCAGCUCUCCUCUCCAGCUUGAAGUAGCAGCUUGGGGAGCUGGGUUUGGUCACAAAAUGGCAGCUUGGGGAGACAGAGCCGGUCACAGAAUGGCAGCUUUGACAAAAUUUGACAGAAUAAGGGAUUCUUACAUCAAAACUUCUGAAUUCCUGGAGAAUUUUGUUGUGGGACAGUAGGGGAGCAAGAUUGGCUAUUGAGUGGGAGAAGAAACUGGAGAGAAAGUAAUGGGAAAUAUAAGUAAAAAAUCUUGAUCUCUGGAGAGAGGACACACAAACCCCCACUCAAACAGCCAAUAAGAUUUGCAGUAUGGCUGGCAGGGGGGAGCGAAAGAGCUAUGCCCCUCUCCUGCUGUUGCUUUCCUGCAACUGGUAUUUAGAGGCAUCCUGUCUCUGAGCCUGAAGGCGGCCUAUAGCCAUCAAAGCUAGCAGCCAUUGAUAGAUCUGUCCUCCAUGGAUUUGUCUAAGCCCCUUUUAAAGCCAUCUAAGCUACUGGCCAUCAUUAUUUGCCAUGACAGAAAAUUCCAUAGAUUCAUUAUGCGCUGUGUGAAAAACUGCUUCCGUUUUUUGGUCCUAAAUUUCCUGGCAAUCAGUUUCAUGGGAAGAUCCCUGGUUCUAGUGUGAGAAAGGGAGAAAAAAUUCUGUCCACUCACUACAUACUAUUCAUAAUUGUAUAAAUCUCUAUGAUGUCUUCCCUUAGUUUCCUUUCUCUCCCACCCCCCAAACUAAAAAGCCCCAAAUGUAGCUCUGCAUUGUAAGGAAGGCACUCUAAGCCCCCAAACAUCUCGGUUGCCCUCUUCGCACCGUCUCUAGUUCUAUAAUAUCUUUACUGAAAUAUUGGUAACCAGGACUGUACAGACUGCUCCAAAUGUGGCUGCACCAUAAAUUUGUAAUAAAAGCAUUAUAAUAUUAGCAGUUUUAUUUUCAACCCAAUUCCUAAUGAUCCCUGGCAUGGAAUUUGCCUUUUUCACAGCUACUACACACUGAGUCAACACUUUAAGUAAGCUGUCCAUCAUGACCCCAAGAUCUCUCUCCUGGUCAGUUACAGACAGCUCAAACCCCUUCAAUGUGUAUGUGAAGUAGGGGAUUUUUGCCCCAAUGUGCAAAAAUUUACAAUUCGUAAGCAAUUUACACUUGCUCACAUUGAAUGGCAUUUGCUGUUUUGAUGCCCACUCAUCUAGUUUGGAGAGAUCCUUUUGGAGCUCCUCACAAUCUGUUUUGGAUUUCACUAACCUACAUAGUUCAAUGUCCCCUGCAUGUUUGUCCACAUUGUUGUUUACUCCAAUUUCUAGAUCAUCUAUGAAUAAAUUAAAAAGCACCGGUUCCAGUAGAGAUUUCUGAGGGACUCCACUUCUUACUUCUGCCCAUUGUGGAAACUGUCCAUUUAUUCCUAUCCUCUGUUUCCUGUCCUUCAAUCGGUUACCAAUGCACAAAUGAGCAUGUCCCAUUUUCCUGUUAGUGUUACGUUUACUCAAAAGCCUUUGAUGAGGGAGCUCGUAUGGUAGUCCAAGUAUAGAGUGUCAACUGGACCACCUCUAUCCACAUACCUGUUGACACCUGCAAAGAACUCCCAAGAGAUUAGUGAAGCAAAGCCUACCUUUUCAGAAGCCAUGCUCUGUUUUGCAUUGUAUUUGUGAAGCAGGCCCAAAAACUUGGAGAGCAGCCACUCCUCGUGUGUCUGUCUCUGUGCUGUCCCGUCUGCUUCUAGUGUAAGGGAGGCCUCCUUUACUGAAAAUAGAGCCCCAUACUGCCUAGUGAUAGCUGGGAUGGAGCAUGAGCAUGGCAGGAGGGGUGAGCAGGGAAAGGACUUACUCCUUCCAGCCUACACAGGACCCUCUAGCAUACCAACAUGCAAGACAGUCUCUGAAGGAGCAAGAAUGGUUUCCCCUUCCAUUUUCAAGUUGAGGCCUUGAUGCAGUAACCGUGAGAGGUGUGUGAAAAGAUUGCUUUUCCCUUUUUUGGUUUGGCCUGAGGAGUUUGCGCACAAAUCAUUCCACUUGCCAUCUGAAUGUAUGCAGCACCUUUAACAUACCAGGUGCUGCACUGUAUUUGUUUCUGGCAUUCAGUGAUUUGCUGUGAGAGCACAUAGUUUAUAGACAGAGGAUCAGAGAUGGUGACUUGCUCAAGGUUGCUCAGUAAAAAUUGUAAUUUCCGCGGUAGGCCAGAGGGGAGGGACCAAAGCUCCAUGGUAGAACACCGGUUUUGUAUACAGAAGGUCCCGAGUGCAGUCCCUGGCAGGGCUAGGAAAGACCUCUGUGUUCAGCUCUGGAGAGCUCCUGUGGGGACCGUUCUGACCGAAAUGGGCCAACAAUCUUACUUGGUACAAGGCAGCCUUUUCUGUUCCUUAGUAAAUCUUGGAUUUCUCACUUCAGUCUCCAGUGUCUUGAUAACUCUUAUCACACCCUGCCUCUAGAGAAGCUUAAUGUCUGUGCCAGAAAUGAUCAUUAGUUGGUAAAUUUGGGGUUUUAAAAAUGUUUUCUGAACAAUGAUUUUGGGAAUGGGAUAAGAAACUUGAAUUGGAUUUCAUUAUCUGUAUCUAUGUAUUUUGUUUGGAGUUUAAUAUGUUGCUAAGAUCAAGCAUAAGCAUAUGUAUCAUGGUAUUUAUACCAAAUAGAUAACUCCCUCCCCCCGCCCCAAUCUUACUGGGAAAUGAAGACAAAACAUGAAGAAAUACUAUUUUCUCCUAAAAUUCUUUCUGCUUCCUGAUAUUUGGCGAGAACAUAGUUAUACGAUUCUUUCACUGUAUGUAUAAUGUGUAUCCUUUGCCAAAUUAUGUAAAUUGAAAAAUGUAACUACUGUAACCUAGAAUUAAUAUAGAUAUUAAUAAAAUUCUUACGGCAA